AAACUUUUGGACAGCAGAAAGGCUGAACGGCCUUUUAUAGAUUAUUCGGUGAGAUGAUACAGCAAAUUAUUAGCAAAUUUAAAACCUACAUUUAAUAUAUUUUUUUUAUUUUUAAUUUGUGUUUUACAAUUUUUCCAGCUGGACAUUUGAAGUAGUUAAGAGAGUACAGAGUAUACAUAAAGAGAUAUGUGUGAGAGUACAGGAAGCUUCAGAAAACUUCAUUAUAAUCAAGGCAAUACCAAAGUCUAAAAACAAUCUCAAAGUUAAAGAAAUUAUUAAUAAAUUUAUUAUAAAUUAACAAUUUAGAUCUUAGAUUAUAUCUUCUUUUUGUUAAUAAGAAAAAAAAACAUAACCUAAUUACUGACGUCCCAAAAAUUUUUUGAGUUUUGAAUUAAAUGAAAAAAUACUGACAAAUAUGUCAAAAUUAACUAACAUGUAUUAUUCACAAUAUGAUAGUUCCAUAGAAAGUGAAACUGCUUAUGAUUCUGACAACUCAGAUGUACGUAAAUUGUUAAGAACAUCACCAUCUCAUGCUAAAUUUUAUGAAUAUAUUGAUCGUAGAAAUGAUGAAGAAGUUUUACAUGAAAAGUGGAAGUAUAAAUUACGUGAACAAACAACCCUUGCAAAAGAGAUCAAAGAACAAUGUGGUAUGGCAGUUAACCUAACAGAUAAUCGAGUAUGUUAUUUUUAUAAACCUGUUGUGCAGCAUAUACCGGGCAUGAAAUUUAAAAUAACAUUUGAUUAUGUUAAACUAUUGCGCAAAUGGUAUAUUAGUUUGGGCCACAGUCGUUUGCCCCAUGAGAUUACACUUAAUGACAAAGUAAAAGAUGGUACUUAUGAUCCUAUUUCCAGAAGAAUUCUCAAAAUGAUAUAUGAAAUAAAAGAUUUGUUGGAUACUUUUAUACAAAAAUUGGAAUAUAUAUGUACAAUGGUUGACAAUAUGAAAGAAGUUUACAAAGACAUAGAAUUUCAAGUAAAUGAAUCUUUAACCAAAAUCAAAAUAAUACUGAAAGAAAAAAGCUGGCCUAAAGGUAUACAAAAGACAAGUACAAAAGAUAUUAUUAUUCUAGACAUAGUACUAGAUAAUAACUUUAAAGCUGAUAAUCUUUCAUACGAGUAUGAACACAAUAAGGAUACAUCAGCACAACAAAAAAGAAUGUGCAUAUUUAAAUUAGAAGAAAAGAUAAAAAUAUUUUUUGAUCUUCCUUUAGUAGAAGCAUUUAAUGUAUUUAUGGAAUAACAUUUUUUCUAGUGAUGAAGUAUUACCAUCUUAAUUAUAUAUUACAUUUCAUUUAAAAUAAAUCCUAUAACUACAUGAAACAUAUUUCUUCAUAUUAUGUUUAUAUUUAAAUAUACAAUUGUUACUUUCUAUUUGAAUGUAAUAAGAUCCUAAAUAUUUUAUUAAGUACGAUUUUUUGUGUGGUUCUGUAUUAUAUUUUUCAAAUUUACUUUUGGUUACAUAUAUCUUUAAUAAAACCAUUAUCUGUUAAUACAUUAA